AUGGAACGCAGCCAUAGCCCAAAGCGGCGCAAAUUGGCGGGGGAUUUCCAGUCUGCGCAGACGGACUCGGCUGGAGAUCUGGGACCAUCGUUGAAGCCCCAGUUUGUCAAAGAUCGCUUCGCGAAACCACCGGGCAGAGAUCGCAGCGGUUCCAGGCACCCAAAACCACAACAGAAUGCCUUUGAAGGCUCUGAGCCUUUUGUUAAGGAUGAAGACGCGGCAGCGAUGGACCGCGACUGGUAUGCGGGCGACGAGUUUGGGCAUACCUUUGGGGACGAGACUCACAAUCCUUUCGGUGGUGCGGAUGCUACAUGGGCAGACAGACAACGGGAACAGGCCCUGUUAGACAAGAAGCUCGGGAAGCGUAUGACGGCGAAAGCAGCCCAGAAACAGAAGGAAGUGGAUGCUUGGGAAGCCAACCGCAUGCUCACCUCUGGUAUUGCGCAAAGGCGUGAUCAGGGUCAAGACUUCGACGAUGACGACGCGGUACGAGUGCAUCUUCUUGUGCAUGAGCUGAAGCCUCCAUUUCUGGACGGCAAGACUAUCUUCACGAAGCAAUUGGAACCGGUGCCAGCCGUGCGGGACCCACAGAGCGAUAUGGCCGUAUUCAGUCGCAAGGGAAGUAAGGUAGUGCGCGAAAGGAGACAGCAAAAGGAACGACAAAAACAGGCGCAAGAAGCGACCAAGGUUGCAGGCACGGCACUAGGCAACAUCAUGGGCGUGAAAGAGGACGAGGGUGACAGCGCCGCUGCUGUUCCCGGCGAGGAUACGGGCAAAAGCAAAUUCGCAACUCACCUCAAGAAGAAUACUGGUAGCUCGGCAUUCAGCAAGAGCAAAACGUUGAAAGAGCAGAGGGAGUAUCUACCCGCAUUUGCUGUUAGAGAAGAACUGAUGCGUGUCAUUCGAGACAAUCAGGUCAUUAUUGUGGUCGGACAAACCGGUUCCGGGAAGACGACACAGCUGACCCAGUUCCUCUAUGAAGAAGGCUAUGGGAAGCAUGGCUUGAUUGGUUGCACACAGCCUCGAAGAGUCGCUGCAAUGAGUGUCGCCAAGCGAGUCAGCGAGGAAAUGGAAGUUGACCUGGGCGGCGUGGUGGGAUAUGCUAUUCGGUUUGAGGACUGUACCAGCGAUCAAACAGUCAUCAAGUAUAUGACCGACGGUGUACUGCUUAGAGAAUCCCUGACUCAGCGAGACCUAGACAAAUACUCAUGCAUCAUAAUGGACGAGGCUCACGAACGUGCUCUCAAUACAGAUGUGCUCAUGGGUCUAAUCAAAAAGGUCCUAGCUCGCCGGAGAGAUCUGAAGCUGAUUGUCACGUCCGCCACCAUGAAUUCGGAGCGCUUCUCACGCUUCUAUGGCGGAGCUCCUGAAUUUGUCAUUCCUGGUCGCACCUUCCCAGUCGAUAUCCAGUACUCUCGCUCACCCAAUGAAGAUUACGUCGAUAGUGCUGUUAAACAAGUUCUGGCUAUUCACGUGUCUCAAGGGGCUGGAGAUAUCCUCGUCUUCAUGACUGGUCAGGAGGACAUCGAAGUCACCUGUGAAUUGAUUGAGGAAAGGUUGCGCCUGCUUGUCAAUCCACCAAAACUUAUGGUGCUUCCGAUUUACUCUCAAAUGCCUGCAGACCUUCAAGCUAAGAUUUUCGAUCCUGCUCCUCCUGGCGUUAGGAAAGUUGUCGUCGCCACCAACAUUGCAGAAACGUCACUGACAGUCGAUGGUAUCAUGUACGUUGUCGACUCGGGGUUCUCGAAAUUGAAAGUUUACAACCCGAAAAUGGGCAUGGACACCCUUCAGAUCACUCCGAUUUCUCAGGCGAACGCGUCUCAACGUGCCGGACGUGCCGGACGCACCGGACCGGGCAAGGCUUUCCAUCUCUAUACCGAGCAAGCUUUCAAGAACGAGUUUUACAUCCAAACCAUCCCUGAGAUUCAACGGACCAACCUGGCGAAUACGGUCCUCCUUCUCAAAUCUCUCGGUGUCAAGGACCUACUCGAUUUCGAUUUUAUGGAUCCGCCUCCGCAGGAUACGAUUACCACGUCGCUGUUCGACCUGUGGGCUCUUGGAGCCCUCGACCACGUUGGGGAUUUGACACCAAUUGGGCGUGCAAUGACGGCUUUCCCCAUGGAUCCUUCUCUAGCAAAGAUGUUGAUCACGUCAUCAACCGAGUACGACUGCAGUGAGGAGAUGCUUACCAUUGUCAGUAUGCUCUCUGUGCCCUCUGUCUUCUAUAGGCCGAAAGAGAGGCAGGAAGAGUCGGAUGCAGCCAGGGAAAAGUUCUUCGUGCACGAGUCAGAUCACCUGACGUUGUUGCACGUAUACAACCAGUGGAAGAGCAAUGGCUAUAGCGAUGGUUGGUGCGUCCGGCACUUUCUGCACCCAAAGGCUCUGCGCCGUGCGAAGGAGAUCCGAGAGCAACUGCACGACAUCAUGGUCGGCCAACAGAAAAUGGCGCUGGUAUCAUGUGGCACGGACUGGGACGUUAUACGAAGGUGCAUUUGCUCUGGAUACUAUCACCAGGCUGCGCGUCGGCGAGGUGUUGGAGAGUACAUUAACCUACGAACGAGUGUCACGGUGCAGCUACAUCCUACUUCUGCACUGUACGGGCUCGGAGACCCGCCUGACUAUGUCGUCUACCACGAAUUGAUUCUGACAAGCAAGGAAUACAUGAGCUCCGUUACAGCUGUGGAUCCGCAUUGGCUGGCUGAUCUCGGUGGUGUCUUCUACAGUCUCAAGUCGAAGGAGUACAGCGCUAAGGACAAGAGAAUCAUUGAGAGUGAGUUCAACAGGAAAAUGGAGAUUGAGCGGCAGAUGGGGGAGGACCGAAUGAAGGAAGAGAAAAGGCGCCGGGAAGAAGAGGAGAAAGAGCGGGUGUUGUCUGGCAGGGUCAGGAGCGGCAACGUCGUCGUGAAAAAGACAGGCAGCAAUGGCAUAGUCAAAAAGCCUGUUGUCCCAAGAAGGCGGAUGGGAUUCUGA